CCUUAACUCUCCUAAACUCCCGAACACAGCCCUCAGCCCCUGCUUCCUGUGGCUCAUAGUGAGAAUUAUUCAAGUUUGCAUUCACAUUGACAUCCGAAGUUAAUUUCCUUGUUUUCAAGGCUUCUUCACUUUGUCUUUUGUUCCUUCUACUACAUUGUUGAAAAUGCCUUCUUUCAGGUUUACAGCUAUUAUGAUUGCUUUGCUUGUUACUAUGUCAGCUAUUGUAUCCGAAAGUCGUGUUGCAAGAAACGACCUUGGGGUGGAUCUUGGUGGAAUAGGAGUUGGGAUUGGAGCAGGGGUAGGCAUUGGCUUGGGAGGUGGGGGUGGUUCAGGAUCAGGGGCUGGGGCUGGUUCCGGUUCAGGAUCUGGAGGUUCAAGUUCAAGCUCUUCAUCUAGUUCAGCCUCAUCUUCCAGCUCGUCUGGCGGCGGGUCCGGUGCAGGUUCUGAAGCUGGUUCAUCUGCAGGGUCCUAUGCUGGGUCUCGAGCCGGCUCUGGUGCAGGUUCUGAAGCUGGUUCAUCUGCUGGUUCCUCAGCUGGCUCUCGAGCUGGGUCAGGACGAGGCCGUGAGAGAGGCAACGCCAACUAAGCACUCUUUUCUGAAAAAUGCAAAAGUGCAAUCAAAUAAAAAGGAAACUAAUUACCACCUUGUGGCUUGUGCAUGAAUAAAUGUGGCGAUAAGUAGUUUUCUGUUAAUGUUAGCCACUUAAGUUUAACUCAAGUGGUAUUAAGAGGGAUGGUGUUUCAAUAGAUAUAUAAGCAGUAUUGUUAUUCACUUGCACUAGUGUUUUAGAGAGUCUAAAUUAUCAAUAUUAUUACUUCAGCCAUGUCUUAAUUACUUAGCAUUAAUUAUUUGCUCAUA